UGGGUGUCUUCGUAGUAGUAGUAGUCCUUCUUCUCCCUUUGUUUACACUUUGUUUUGGGUGACAUAUUACGUCAAAUUUCCGCGACCGAGAGGUUCUCGUCCCCCGAAAUUCGGCUCCUGGGUCCUUCUGAGGCUGAGAAUAGAGGUUCCAGAUUCGGCCCCUUACCAUGAAGCUUGCGUUUUUAGCCAUAGUUCUCCUUCAAGCCUUGCUAGUGCAUGGCAGGUCAUCUUGGUACAAAAAUGUUGAGUGGGAUGUACUGAUAUUUACUCAACAAUGGCCCAUCACCAGCUGCAUCAGUCACCUGUCUCACAAUCCUCACUCGUCGUGCAACAUUUUCCCAAAUAUGACGUCAUGGACAGUUCAUGGGAUCUGGCCCACAAAACUCUUGGCACAAUUGGGACCAAAUUACUGCAAUAAGACGUGGGCAUUUCAUGAAGCGGAGAUAAUUAGCAUUGAAAAAUACCUGAUCAAGUACUGGGGCAAUAUCUUCGCAGAAGAUCCAAUGACAUCGUUAUGGCAGCAUGAAUGGGUGAAACACGGCACCUGUGCUGCUCAGCUUCCGAGUCUGAAUUCUGAGGAGAAGUACUUUGGCAAAGGUUUGGACUGGGUGACCCACUAUGAUUAUGUAGCAGUGUUGGGUCACGCCAACAUUUAUCCUGACGACGUGAACGCUUACACCCGCGACGAAAUAUUCACGGCUAUAAAAGACAUGUUUGGAGUAAAUCCUCAUGUGGACUGUAUCUAUAAUAAGAAAACCAAAGAACAUGAACUGUACCAGAUAAAGAUAUGCUUCGAUCAUUCCCUUCAUGUUGUAGACUGCAAUGGUAUUAAGGACAGGGAGCUUGCUGAAGACCAGGGAAGUUGUCCAAAAGAGGGAAUUAUUUAUCCAGCAUCAGUGAAGGCUGCUGGGAAGGAAUACUCUUACCCAAGAGCCCUCGUUGACUUGCACAAGAAAUACUGGGAUGAAUCCCAGGCAACUUGUGUGACUUGGAUGUGCCAUGCUUUGAUGACCAUCUUCUCUCUUAUAUGGAUCACCUUAUAGAUAAUCUUCAAACAUUAGUAAGCUGAGCAUAAUACUUCAUCAGAUCUUCCAACAGUGAGUUAUCAGCUAUAGCCUUGAAUCAAAAUGAGCCCAAGAAGGGAAUUAUAGCUUGAAUAACUAAAUUUUUCAUUUGACGAUAUGUAGUUAAUAACAUGGAAAUUACAAAGAAUUUUUGUUCCUAGACAUUUGCAUGCAUGCAGUUAUUUAUUUUUUAAUGGUAGGAAGAUCUUUGUUAAGUCUUGAUAAGGUAAAAGUAAUGUAAGUAUUUUCUUAUAGUACUGGCAUUACAAACGUAGAAAAGGUCAUAUGCUUUGGUUUAGAGCAUGGGCAGUCCCCGGUUAUCGUCGGGGGUUCCGUUCCUGAUGGCGUGACAAUAACCAAAAAUAACUGGGGAUUGGUGCCGCUGUCAAGUGGGUAUUGGCACGUAUCGGCACCAAAAAUCCAGUUAUCGUUGUUAGACGAGCGCCGUAAAACUGGAUCAACAAUAACCCGGGACUGCCUGUAUAUGUACUUGUUUACGUCCAAACAGAGGAGACGCCUGGUUUAUUACAUGGGAAUAAAUUGUUUUUGUAAACUGGACAUGCCACUGCUUUAUAUUGCCAGACAUCAGCUUAUGUUGGAAGUAAUUUUAAGUAAAGGUCAAAAGUCAACUCCCUUAAUGGGUUGAUAUCAUUAAUUGUGGAAGUAUUGUAAUUGAAUCAAUGUGUCAUCAACCCCCAAGUUCCAGUCAUGUUAGGCCCUGCUCAUGUGAUUGCUCUGACCCAGAUGCUGGCUAAUUGAUCAAGAGAAAAGGAUGGGUCAUCUACUUUAAGUUAUUAUGUACGUAUAGGUUAAGCUCAGAAUGAAUAGAUUAGAAGCCUUGUAUUUGCUGAAAUGACAAGAGGAGGGAGAAGGGAAGGUGACGAUUUAGAAGUAAGAGAUAAGAUGCCUGAUUACCCCACCAGAGGCCACCGCAGUACUCAGAAAAAACAUGUAUAGGUGCUUGUGGGAGAUUUCCCUUAGAUAAAAGGAAAAAUAGUUUUCAAGUCUGACCUGGUUUCCCAAAUGUAUUUGAAAGCUUGAAGCAGCAAGAAUUGAAACUUCAUCAACUGUUAACUGUCAGCUUGAGCAAAGUUCUCCAAUCUUAACCCAGUAUGUGUCCACCUACGUGUCGCCUCCAAAGUGCUAGUACUAAACAUGGCUGAAGCUCAAUGGGAUGCCGUUUUUAGUACUAGCUCCUUAGGGAUCAAAGUGUUAUUUACACCCAUUUCUGUAUUAUGUGGUGGACAAAUGAUAUCAAUAAACAAUGUCUUUGAUCCCCCGAGGAGCUAGUACUAAACAUAGUCUCCCAUUGAGCUUCCGCCACUAGCACCUGGGAGGCGAUGCAUAGGUGGAUACAUACUGGGUUAAUACCAGGUUAGACAGAAUAUCCAUUUUUAGAAACUACUGUUCUAAAAGGGUGUAUUGUUUUUGCUGAGAGCAAAGCACCAUUUCAGUUCUGUGGUGGGUCAGAGCAGCUCAGAUGUGUUUUGUGUUGCUCUGUGUGAAACUGAAUUUCAGGACGAAGUUGGUUUUUAACUCUAUUUUACCACUGCAAAUGGGGUUACUUAGUCAUUAUGGCUUGUAACAGUGUGAUCUGUUGUUCUUGCCAGAAUUCGGAAAGAGGAAAACGGAUUGGUUGUGAAUAAGGUACUAAUGUGUGCACCUUAAUGAAGUAAGCAAAAAACUACAUUUCAAAAUUGAAAUGGUUAUCCCCAAAUUGUUAUGGAAAGUAUAAAAUUCUUCGAAAGAAAUAUAAGAAGUUUGAAAAAGAAUGAAAGUCAAAAAGUCCAAAUUGCUGAAAUGCAGCAUCGGCAGUCCACUGCACUUGACGACAGUAGUUCUGAUUCAGUGCAUGGCCUGGUUGGUUUAAUCAUGAAAAACAUCGUUACUCCUCAACCUGAGAAGAUUACUUAUGCUGACAAAGUUAAUCAAAGGAAUCUGUUGAUCAUUAAGUAAAAACAAUCGUCAGAGAAGAUCACAGAGAGAAAAGAUGAUGUUGCAAAUGCCUCAAAUGCAAAUGCCCUAUCAUUGACGCGAGGUCGACAAAAGAUGAUCAUGUUAUUUUAAAUUUUGCAGAUGAACACAUUCGAGACUUGGCAUUAAACAAGAUUAACCCUUAAACGCCGAAGCGGUAUUUUAAAAAUCGUCUCCCGUAAGCCGGCGGCGUUCGCAAGUGAGCGCCGAAGCGGAAUUUUUUUUUUUUUCAAAAAAUCACAGCACGCUUAGUUUUCAAGAUUAAGAGUUCAUUUUUGGCUCCAUUCUUUGUCAUACUGAAGUUUAGUAUUGUACACUAGAUUACGAUCAUUUUGGUAUGUAACACAUUGUAAAACGACCAAGGCAACACAGAGAAAAUAUUAUCACAAAAUGAUGCAUGAAUUCGUAACAUGCGGACGUAAAAAAAAGCUGUUUUCAAAAAUUCACCAUAAAUCAAAAUAUUGUGCUAGAGACUUCCCGUUUGUUGCAAAAUGAAGGUAAUUGAUUGAAUAUUACUAGACUGUAAAUGUUGUAGCUUACAAUUGCAGUUUUUGACCAUUUCGGUCGAGAUAAAGUUAACUGAAGGACAAAUUUUUUCUAUUUAUCGUUAUUUAUAUGAAUAUAUUUCAAAACUGAUAAAAGCUACAACCAUAGGUUGUUUUUUUUUGUAUUCUGCAUGAAAUUGCACAAUUUUCAUAUAUAAAACUUUAUGCAACGGCUAAUUUAAAAUGGUCCAAACAUUACGACAAUCGGACAAAAAAAUUUAUGAUUUUUUCGGAAGAGUUACCGCGCGCACGUAAGGAAAACGUUUAUUUCAUAAAUUCACCAUAAAUCGAAAUAUUGUGCUAGAGACUUCUAAUUUGUUGCAAAAUGAAGGUAGAUGAUUGAAUAUUACUAGAAUGUAAUAGUUUUAGCUUACAAUUGCGUUUUUCGACCAUUUCGGUAGUCAAAGUUGACCAAAGGUUGAAAUUUUGGCACUUAUUGUUAUUUAUAUGAAAAUAUUUCAAAACUGAUAAAAGCUACUACCAUGAGUUAUUUAUUGUUGUAUUCUACAUGAAAUUGUGCAUAUUUUCAUAUAUAAUACUCCAUGUAACGGCUAAUAUAAAAUGGUGCAAAAAUUAUGUCAAAGUGACGAAAUAAUUUCUGAGAUGUGUUGCUGAUACUUUUUAGUGCAAGAAGAAAGAAAUUCGCGCUUGCGCGCCUGGGUAACGAUUGUAAACAAAACAACGCCUUGAUCCGUGAGCUCCCAGCAUCCCCCAAGGCGCGUGAUUCAAAAGUUUUCACCUAGUAGGCCUAUAACUAUUUUUCCGCAAAUUUUUAAAAAACUUUUUUUUAUAUCGACGUACCAUACAUCCAAUCGGCACCCAACAGACAAUUUAUAUCGAUGGUUAAUACGUCCAAUCGGCGUUAAAGGGUUAAAGAGGAUGUUCAGGAAAUGAUCAUUAAGAAGAUUGGGAAAUACAAAACUAAGAUGAUGAUUUGCAAUAGAUUUGAAGCAGAAACAUGUUGUGCCAAAAGUCUUGAUUGAGAGAAAUAGUUAUUUAGAAUCAAUCCCUGAUAUUGAUACAAAGAUAUCAGUUGCGCUUAAAAAACUAGCGUCUAGAGGAACAUUUCAUUGGAUAUUGGAGUGUGAGGCUGAGGUUAGGAAGGUCGUUCAUGAAAAUGGUGACAAGGUGAAACUGACAUGGGGCAUCUGUGCAGUAAGAGACAGGUAUCAUGUCAUCACUUACUACUCCCGUCAAAGAUAUGGUCAUUUGAAAAAAAAUUGAGGGGUUAAAGAUACACCUGGAGAGUUAAUAUGUGGAAAAUGUGCAGGAUCACAAGACAAGGGACCGCAAAGAGCUUGAAAUGAGCUGUAUAAGUUGUGAGACAAAAAUACCAUAAAUGUGAUCAUGAUGUGAACUCAAAAGAAUGCAAAGCUCAAGACUAUGAGAUGAAGAAGAUUGCUGCAAACACUGAUCAUGGUUAUACUCUCUAAUGGAAGUUUAGAAUAUGGUUAUGCAAAUAUCCAGUCCGUUGGAAAUAAAACAUUACAGAUUAGAGGCUUAAUAACUGAAAAUUCCAUCUGCAUUCUUGCCACAGCUGAAAUAUGGCUGAAAGACUAUGAAAGUGCCAAGAUUGCUAUAAUGACCCCACCUAACGCAUUGCUUCCCUCACAUUUCGGGGGAAGGUGGGGUUGGUCUUCUCGUACACAUGGUGUGCUGAUAUUUAAAAAAGAAACUUUAAAAAAACCUUUUUGUUUAAUCGAUGCUAUGAUAUGGAAUAUCUUACUUCUAAUUCUUCUUCUUCCCUCUUUCCUUUAUCCAAAAGUCUCAUUUUUGAGGUGAGACCCACUCAUGACAAUUUCUGAUCUGUGAUCUGAACAAAUCUGUCCAUGUAGAUACAACUUUGUUGACGUAAAGGCUAAAAAGAAGACUUCCGUUGGUUGACAGAUGCAUGUUCUAAAAUGAGGUUAAGAUUGGGUGGUUGGCAAUUGCAAAUGCAUUUUGGAUAGCUGCUUGUAUCCAUGGAGGCUUUUGUAAGAACUCAAAGGUUUAGAGCUACCUAUCAACUCGCAGAGCCCAUGACCAAAGGCUACUUCAGUAACAUUCAAGACCUCAGAAUUUAAUUCAUCACAUACAAGGCUUCUUCUUGCUAUCUUAAACAGUCUGUGGAUAUUAGGAAGAUCUGAGACAGCCUAGAAUAAGAGUGAUUUUGAUCCAGAUGGAUUUUACCCAAUAAUUUUUAUAAAUGAUGUUUGGAAUGUUUCUCCCAAAUAAUACAGCUGUCCUGUAAACCAUAUUUUUCCAGAUAAGCAGAAAUUAUCCAGUACCAUGAGUAGUUGUGAUGGAAUCAUUCGCAUCUAAGACAAGCUUAAUAAUGGAUAAGCAUAGCAUUGUUCAAACUUAUUUUAACGUGAUUUACAUGUUGUUUUGACCUGGUUCAUCAUUAUCUUACCAUAAGUAACCGUUAUUUUUCGUAAGGAAGUAACAGCAUUUGAUGGUUGAUAACGGCAAUUUGACUGAAUUUGAACUUGUCUUUUCUGGUGUUCCACAGGGUCAUUUAUUUUUUAUUUUUUACAUUGAUCUUUUUCAACACCUUGAUUGUAAGCCCAAAUGAUUUAAGAUAAUACUCGUGUUGUAGUGUUCUUUCAUCCUCAGGUAUAAAACAAAUUCUGGUUGAUGAACAGAAAUCCUUAACAAAAGAUUUUUAUUGGAACAGUAUACUGCCUAAUCAGCAUAUUAGGUUAAACUCCAGCAAAACUAAGGCUUAGAUGAGGGCACGAUGCCACAUGGUACCAUUUUUGGAAUAUUGCUCUCCUGUCUGGAUGUCAGCAGGCUCUCAGGAUCUCUUUUUCUUUUAGCCAAACUAGGUGAGGUGGUGGUUUCAUUUUCCAAAAAUAGAAAGCAAAGUAUAGAGCAAAUCAGAAGAUAUACGUAAUCUGUUUGGCCAUCUUCCGUAGCUGAUAUUUCAGUGAAGAACUUCAUGUAGUUGUUUUCGAUUAAGGUGGCCGUAUGCCAAUGUCAGGGUCUUACUCUGUACAGUAGAACUAUGAAAUAGUUAUAAAGGUAUAUUAUAGGCUCAAGCUUUCAUGUCCUGUACAGAAGAACUAUGAAAUAGUUAUAAAGGUAUAUUAUAGGUUCAAGCUUUCAUGUCCUCUUGCCAUAGUAUAACUGAUGUAUUGUUGCUUGAUAAUUCAUCUUUGCAUACUCAUUUAUUAUCAUUUCACUCUGUGGGUUUUUUGUACAUUGUAAGUACUAAUGGUACCAGUAACAGUAAAAAGCAAAGUAAUUUUCUUGCAAUAUAAUAACAUAUGGCUGGGAUGCUUUAAAUUCCUGCUCAUCUACCAUUUUCAAGCAGGAAAGAAAGAACACAGGUUUUCUUGCUUCCUAGGAAAAUACGUGUUUUUCUAAAAUAUUGUCCUAGGGAGCUGAGCAGGUUGUAAAGCUCCUAGCUGCUUAAAAUCUUUUGUCAGUUUAUGAAACCAUUCAGUAAAAUAAAACUGAGGCAGUGGUGCAUGACACUUAGAACAAAUAUUAACCCCUUGUGGAUGGGUAACAUACAUAUGUUUACUUAUAGCUUUGUGGUGAAGUCCAGGUAACGUACACAUAUGUUCAAGAUUUUGCACCAUAUAAUAAAUGUAUGCUAAUUUUACCAAGUUAUAAAUAUUUUUUUUCUAAUAUAUUUUUAAAAAUUAUAAUUACACCUCUUACAAUAUCAUAGUAGAUAAGAACUAAUAUCAGUAACAAAUUUUUGGUACAAAAUUUAUUGCAGAAUAUUUACGAGAUGUCCUGGCUUCGGGAGUGGCAGUAGUACUACAUUCUCCCAUGACAUCUCAAGUCAAACUGUUAUCCCUCUCGUCCUCCACUGAGCUACUAGACUGGCCAUGUAAGAGUUGCCAGAAGUCAUUUAUGGCCCAUGGAAGUGAUCUGAUCAUAGGAAAAGUGAUCAGAUCGCUUCCUUGGCCAUAAUGACCUCUGGCAACUCGUCCACGGCCAGUCUAGUAGCUCAGUGGAGGAUGAGAGGGAUAUCAUUUUGACUUAAGAUGUCAUGGGAGAAUGUACUGCUGCUCCCGAAGCAAUAAAUAUAUGGAAUUUGUUACUGAUUUUAGUUCUUAUCUAUUAUGAUAUUGUGUAAGCUGUAAUUAUAAUUUGACAAAAUAAAAUAGCAUGAAUAUUUUAGAAAAAACAUGGUAAAAUUAGCAUAUUUUUAUGACUGUCUAUUGGAAAAGUGGCCCUGCACAGGGUUGGAAAUAUUCACUUUCAACUUCUCUUGGAAGGGACAGUAAAUAUAAACAAACCAAAAUUUCCGUUCUCGACCGGAUGCUAAGCGAAAGCCGCCAUUAAUCGAAACUCAGCGAUUUAUGGCGCCGAGUUUCGGUUCAUGGUGCCGAUAACCGGUUAGUGGUGUCUCUGUUGGGUAUGUUAUGGCGCCAUAACUGUUAUCAGCACCUUAUGGUGCCAUAACUCAGUUAUCGGCACCUUAUGGCGCCAAUAACCAAAACCCAACCUGUUAUGGCGCCAUAAAUUGCAGAUUUUCUGAUUUUAUGGCACUUCUCUUUCCAUUGAAUUUUUUUUUUUUUUUUCAAAUUGGCCAUCCUUAAUUUUAGCUAGUCGAGGGGUGUGCUUAAUAUAUAUUGAAUAUGGAUGCCCAUGCUAUGAGUACAGUGGUCCCCUCGUAUUCGCGGGGGAUGCAUACCAGACCCUCCCGUGAAUAGUUAGAUCCCGCGAAUAGUUGGAACACUUAUAAAAAUGCUAUAAACCUCCUAUUUUGUUGGUUAAAACUCAAGAAAAACCCACUAAAAAUAUUUAUACCUGGUUUUUUUAAUAGUUUUAUCACAAAAAGUGCAUUUUAUGAUGAAAUUGAUUAAAAAAACAGGAAUUUGGGGAUAUUUCUUAUAGAAAACCCGCGAAUAGGCGAAUUUUCCGUGAAUAUUGUGGGGAAAUGUUCUAGAGAAAAGUCUGCGAAUACAGGUGGUCCACUGUAUCCACAUUCUUGAAGUUUGCUGUUGAAAUAGAGCUUUUGCAAGAUGGCCAAAAUGUAUAUCUUCCAGUGUGGCCUAAAUCAUAAUCACCAUUUUUGGAAAGAAGGAAUCCACCACUCUCAGUUUUCUAUUCCCAAAGAUGAGAAGGUCCAGGGAAGCUGUUACCAUCCAAAAUAAAAGGACAUUAUUCCAAUAAUGGUAAACCGAAACACCUGUGGCAUCAACUCCAUCAUCUCUGCAGCGAAGAAGCCUUAUGAACAAAUCCAGGUUUACUGGCAGUGUUAUAUGAAGUCUUUCUAAAUUGCAAUAGAAAAGAAAGCUUGUGGUGAAACAUUUAUGCCAAGUACUACUGUAUACACUGUAUACAGUAUUUAGAUAUUGAGAAUCAUUAGUCAUAAUCUAGUGCUUUCCAUGUACAAAGUGAUUCACACAACAAGAAAAUGGCAUAAGGUUGGCUUAUCAAUAAAUUCUUAGUUUUACUGGAGCAAAUGGCAAUAUACUGAAUUAUGAUUUUGGAUUUCAGCUUUGUUUUGUCAAACCAAUAAUAUCUGUGAAUUCCAAUGUUACAUACUGCAAUGGCACUGGACUUCAGUUAAUUUAAUCAUUGCAGCAUAUAAAUUAUUAGAAAGAAUUGGAAUUCAUUUUUUGUUGUUGUUAGUCAAAAUUAUUAUACAUGCAGGCAGUCUCCGGUUAAUGGCAGGGUUCUGUUCCUGGCCAACGCUGCUAACCGAAAACCAGCUAUAACAGCACUGGUAACCCGCUUAACGGCACCAUUAACUGAAUAUCGGGGCCGUUAACCGAAGAUCGGCAGCGCCGUUAACUGGAGAUUGGUGCCACUAACCGGAGAUCAGCGCUGCUAACCAGAGAUCAGACCCGAAAAUCCAGUUAAACAGUGUCAUUAUACAAGCACUGUAAAACCAGGUAGCCAUUAACCGGUGCCGUCAUUAACUGGGGCUGCCUGUAAAUGGUAGUACUGUAGAGGUACUGUAAGAAUAUUAUAGUUUUGGAAUGGUUAACAUUCACAAAGAGAAUUUAGCAGAGAUAAAAACUAAGUGUUGCUGAACAUGAGAAUGAGAGAGGGAGAGAGAAUGUGUGGGUUAUCUUAUGGAAACUGAACAGUUAUCUAUAUGUGUGAUUGCAUAUGAAGUCAUUAAUUUAAACUCAAUUGCAUGGCUAUGUUAAGGAAUGGUUUGUCCACUGUACAGACACUUAAAAUAUCCUCCUCCCUAUGUUGUAGUUUCCCCCUUGACCUCAUUCCACUUUAUUAAGUUUACAGUAUGUAGUAAGAUAAUUGUUUAGAGGUGAAAUAUAACAGUCCCACUGAAAUAGAAAUUUAGUUAGGUAAUGCAGGAAACAAACAUUUUAACAUUGCAGUGUUUUUUUUUCACUUAAUAUGCAAAACCUACUUGGCAUGUUAUGAUAGUUAAGUUGAAAAAAAUGUCAAUUUGGAGAACAAAUAUAUUCAAGAGCGCAUACAGACACCACCCUACUUACAAACAUUCAGAGAUACAAACCAAUGGGAUCGCAAAUUACAAUUGUGUUCGGAGCGCUCUCCUUUGCCACCCACAAGUUCAGAUUUUGUGUUGCAUGCCUAUUCUCUACAUACAGUACAGUGGUCCCCCCGUAUUUGUGGGGGAUGCAUACCAGACCCCCCGUGAAUAGUUAGAACCCGCGAACAGUUGGAACCCCUAUAAAAAUGCUUAAAACCUCCUAUUUCGUUAGUUAAAACUCAAGAAAAAACCACAAAAAAUUGUUAUACCUGGUUUUUUUAAUAAUUUUAUCACAAAAAGUGCAUUUUAUGAUGAAAUUGAAAAAAAAAAAACAAAAAAAAAAACAGGAAUUUGUGGAUAUUUCUCAGAAAAAUACCGCGAAUAAGCCAAUUUUCUGCGAAUAAUGGGGGGAAACGUUCCCAAGAGAAAUCCGCGAAUGUGCGAGUCCGCAAAUCCGGAGAACGCGAAUACGGGGGUCCACUAUACUGUAUGUACAGCGUACAAACAGUUCCCAGUUAUCAGGGGGGUCGAUUCCAUUCUGACAGGAUGACAAUAAGCGAACGGAAAAUCAGUGAUUUUUGGCACAGAUAACUGGACAUUGGCACCUCUGUUAGGUAUGUGUCGGUGCCUAUGAGCGGGAAUUAGCGCAUAUUGCACCAAAAAAUAGCUGAUUUUCGUUGCUAGACAAGUGCCAUAAAAUCGGAUCGCCACUAACUAGGGACUGCCUAUGAUUGCGUUUGAGGUUGAAAAAAUGUAGUACAGUACUACUAUAGUAUUGAUUUUAUAUCAUACUGCACAUAAAUAGGCAUGAAAAGUACAGAUUAGGCAGUUCCAGGUUAUCAGCGGACUCGGUUAGUGGCAAUCCGGUUUUAUGCUGUUUGUCUAGCACUAUAAAAUCAGCAAUUUAUGGUGCCAUAACACAUUGAGUUCCGGUUGUUGGCGGCUAAUAGAGUUACGCCACCAUAGCAUACCUAACAGAAGUUCCAUGAACCAGUUAUCAGUGCCAUAAGCGCAUUAAAUUGCUGAGUUUCGGUUAAUGGCGGUUUUCGCUUAGCGGCACCCAACCAUUAACUGGGGAAUGCCUGUAACCAGCUCAUUAGAAACAAUUCAAUAUACUAACAGCCGUCCGGAACGUAACUCAUUCGUAAGUAGGAUGGUGCCUGUACAGUUUCAGAGUCAUGCUCCCUAUCAAGAGCGAGCGUGAUGUUUUGAAACAGUAUGCAGUUUUGAAUAUUUUUGUUCUCCAACUUGUGUUUGGAGGGAGCAUGACCCUCUAAAGCUGUAAGCAGUUUUGAAUAUUAUAUAUUUGUUCUCCAAUUUGUGUUCAGUGGGAGCAUGAUGCUCCAGAACUGUGUGUGGUUUUGUAUAUUGUUCUCCAACUUGUGUUCAGUGGGAGCAUAACAUCCAAAAACUGUGUGGUUUUAAAUAUAUUUGUUGUCCACUUUGUUCAGAGAGCAUGACACCCAAACACUGUGGUUUUAAAUGCAUUUGUUCUCAAAUUUGUGGUUUUUCCAAAGUUCAAACUUCGAUACUAAUCUGUUAACGUGUAAAGUUAUGCCCACUUAAGCUUCCAGAUCAUGAUUGGAGAGUUGGUUUAUAUUGGUCUACCUUUGAGUUGAAAAGGUUGAGAGUAAAUUCUUAUUAAACAGUUGAACUAGUCCUUUCAGGUACAUUUGUACUUUGAAACUGUCAAUGAAAUCUAACUAGUCUUUUUUUUUUUCCCCUUCUUUUUUGGUAUAUACAGUAUUUGUACUUUACACUGUAAGUGAGACUUUAAUAAAUUACUUUUUAAAAUCC